AUGGAGAUCUCGCUCGAGGCGUCGUGGGUGGGCGUGCAGCGGCACGGGCAGGACCUGGCGGACCGCCUCGCGCAGGGCUUCUCGGGGCUCCUCCUCCACGCGCAGCCGCCGCAGCUGCCCCCGUGGUCGCCGCCCGCGCUGUUGCCGCCCAAGAUCGUCAUCCCCUUCGACAUCGACCUCCCCGUUGUCCCCUUCGUCGGCGGGGUGCGCCGCGCGGCCGGGGCCGUGGACCUCCCCGCCGUGGCCGUGUCCUCGCUCGUCGAGAUCGGCGGCAGGCUCGGGCAGGCGGGGUCCGAGCUCGGUGCGGCGGUUCAGCACCUCGCGCGCCAGGUGCCUGUGCCUGUGCCGUUCCGGAAAUGGGAAGUCGCACAGCCGCCGACCGCGGUGACGGCGGACGAGGGGGAGGUUGCGCUCGCUGUGAGGGCGGUUGGGUCCACGAACGUCGCUUUGGAAAGGGCUGUAGACAUAGGGUCCCUCGAGGUGGCAGCAGCUGCUGCUGCUGCGGCCACUGGAAGUGCCACUGCAGCUAGUGUGGGUGCGGUUGGGGCCAUGGGCGACGAUGGACUGGAUGAGGAGGAAGACGGAUUUGAUUGCGAAAUUGGGACAUUGGAGAACUUUGAGAAGGCUAAGGGCACUGUAAAUAUCUCAGCAACUUACAACACCAGGCACCAUGACUUCGAGAGUUCAGUAGUUGCACGAGGAGACCUUUGGAGGUUAGAGUCAUCACGUGGCAAUUUAACUUCUGGAAAUGAUAGCUCGCCACUUUUCCUUGUUCAACUGGGGCCUUUACUGUUUGUUCGAGACUCCACGCUUCUUUUGCCCGUUCAUCUGUCAAAGCAACACCUUCUUUGGUAUGGUUAUGAUCGCAAGAACGGAAUGCAUUCCCUAUGUCCAGCUAUCUGGUCAAAGCAUAGAAAAUGGAUGCUGAUGUCAAUGAUGUGCCUCAACCCUGUAGCUUGUUCCUUCAUGGAUGUGCAAUUUCCAAAUGGACAAUUGACAUAUGUUGCUGGUGAGGGGAUAACAGCAAGUGGUUUAAUCCCUUUAUUUGGCGGAUUACUCCAAGCACAUGGAAAGUGUCCUGGUGAUACAAGAGUGAGCUUCUCUUUCAAGAACAAACAAGGUACUAGGUUCACUCCAACGUUUCAGUGGCCUGAUAAUUCCGUUUCAUUUGGAGUUGCACAAGCUGUAGCAUGGAAGAGGUCUGGCCUUAUGAUGAGGCCCAGCAUUCAAAUCAGGAAAGCUUUGGCAGAUAAACUACAUUCUACCAUAGAAUACAACCUGAGAGCGUGUUCAUUGAUCUUGCUUAUGUCAUUUUACUUUUUGGCCUUCUUUAAAAGAGUACAAACAUGGGUGGAUAUUUAA